AUGACUUCACCAAAAAUUCAAAAGGAUAUUGUUAGUGCUUGUGCACAAGAAACUGUGAAAGCUAUAAUUGAUGACUUGGGAGGGGAUUAUUUUGGGAUAUUAGUUGAUGAGUCCAAGAAUAUUUCACACCAUGAACAAAUAGCCCUUGCUUUGCGGUAUGUUGACAAAAAAGACCAAGUGAAUGAGCCAUUUAUUGGUCUUAUUCGUGUUGGUGAUACAUCUACAAAGUCAUUGAAUGAAGCAAUAUAUUCUUUACUAUUGAAACACUCAUUAAGUCCAUCCAAAAUACGUGGACAAGGAUAUGAUGGAGCUAGUAACAUGCAAGGAAAGUUGUGGCUAAAAAAAUAUAAGGAGGUGAAAACUUUCUUUGCUAUAAUUGCUAACGUGUUGAAUAUAGUUGGAGCAUCUUUUAAGCGUAGAGAUCAACUUCGUGAUCAUCAAGCAAAAUUGUUGGAGAAAUUGCUAGAGAGUGGUGAACUUCAAAGUGGGAAAGGAUUAAAUCAAGAGCGAGGGCUUCAAAGGCUAGGUGACACUCGUUGGGGAUCACAUUGUAGAACGUCGGAUAACUUUGUUAUUUUAUUUUCAUCUAUUGUUCAUGUGCUUGAGGUGGUUGAAUGUGAAGGUUCUGAGGCUGAUGAUAGAUUACAAGCAGAAGCGUUUUUGAGUAAAAUCAAUGCAUUUAACUUUGUUUUCUUGCUUCACUUGAUAUUGAAAGUGUUGAUGAUGUCGAAUGUGUUGAGUAAAGCUUUGCAGAAAAAAGAGCAAGAUAUUGUUAAUGCCAUGGUAUUUCUUGACCUCACAAAGGAAAGGUUGCAAGUAAUGAGAGAAGAUGGAUGGGUGUCAUUGAUGGAUGAAGUCUCUUCAUUUUGUGCUAAACAUGAUAUUGUGGUACCCAAUAUGGAAGAAUUCUAUAUUCCUGGAAAGUCAAAGCGUAGACCUUCUACUGUUACGUAUUCACAUCACUUACGUGUUGAUCUUUUUUAUUCUGUGAUUGAUUUGCAGCUUCAAGAGCUUAACAGUCAUUUUGAUGUUGUGAGUGGUAACUUGCUUCUUGGUAUGGCUAGCUUGAAUCCGGUUAAUUCAUUUACUAAUUUUGAUAAGGAAAAAAUAAUGACAUUGGCCAAGUAUUAUCCAGAUGAGUUUGGCGAAUUGAAGCUUCGAGAUCUUAGUCACCAACUUGACACUUUCAUAUUGCACAUGCGACGUGGUGACCUUAGGUUUUCUGAUUUGAAAGGAAUUGGUGAUUUGGCAAAAGCCUUGGUUGAGGUAAAUCCUGCAGAGAGUUAUUCACUUAUUUAUUUACUUGUAAAGUUAACUCUAAUUUUACCUGUCGCGACUGCAACGGUGGAAAGAGCAUUUUCAUCCAUGAAGUACAUCAAAGAUGAAUUACGUAGUAGUAUUAGUGAUACAUUUUUAAAUAAUUAUUUAGUUUGUUACUUUGAGAAGGAAGUAUUUACAAAUGUAAGUAAUGAUGCUAUUAUUGACCGUUUUCAAAAUAUAAAAGCGCGUCGAGUUCAAGUAUGA